UCUCUCUAAUUUCUACUAUUGUUUGCUUACAUUUUGUAUUAAAUGGCGAAAUCACACGAAACAGAGCACCCUGUGAAGGCAUUUGGAUUGGCUGCCACAGACUCAUCUGGCCAUCUCUCUCCUUUCAAAUUCUCUAGAAGGGCGACUGGUGAUGAUGAUGUGCAAUUCAAAGUGUUGUAUUGUGGGAUAUGCCACACCGAUCUUCAUUACCUCAAAAACGAGUGGGGCGUCACUCAAUAUCCAAUUGUACCUGGGCAUGAGAUCGUUGGUGUGGUAACAGAGGUGGGAAAAAAGGUUGAGAAGGUCAAGGUCGGAGACAGAGUUGGUGUGGGAUGCAUGGUCGGAUCGUGUCGAUCAUGUGAGAGCUGCCAGGAAGAUCUUGAGAAUUACUGCCCCAAGAUCAUCCCCACUUACGCUGCUCCCUACCACGAUGGCACCAUCACGUAUGGUGGUUACUCUGAUAUCAUGGUUGCUGACGAGCAUUUCAUUGUUCGUAUUCCCGACAACAUGCCAUUGGAUGCAGCUGCUCCUCUUCUAUGUGCAGGCAUCACCACCUACAGCCCCAUGAGAUACUUUGGACUAGACAAGCCCGGGAUGCACAUUGGAGUUGUUGGUUUGGGUGGACUAGGCCAUGUCGCUGUUAAAUUUGCCAAGGCUUUCGGUUGCAAGGUCACAGUCAUUAGUACUUCCCUCAGCAAAAAGGACGAAGCGCUUUCGCAUUUGGGCGCAGAUUCAUUCUUGAUCAGUAAAGAUGCUGAUGAAAUGCAGGGUGCGGUGGGAACAAUGGAUGGUAUAAUUGAUACAGUAUCAGCUCAUCAUGCCUUGAUGCCACUCAUUGGCCUCUUGAAGGCUCACGGAAAGCUCAUCAUGGUUGGCGCCCCAGAUAAGCCUCUUGAGCUACCUGUGUUUCCUCUACUUGCAGGGAGAAAGAUGAUAUCAGGGAGUGGGAUUGGAGGAAUGAAAGAGACCCAAGAAAUGAUUGAUUAUGCAGCCAAGCACAAUAUAAAGGCAGAUAUUGAACUAAUUUCAGCAGACUACGUUAACACUGCAUUAGAGCGGCUGACCAAGGCUGAUGUGAAGUAUCGCUUUGUGAUAGAUGUUGCCAACACCCUCACACAAUCUUGAACUCAAGUCUUCGAUGGAAGUGAUUGUUCUUCUCCUGUUUUGUUCGGUCUUUCAUGAAAGCUAUUGUUCUUCUCAUGUUUAGUUCGUCCUUUGAUGGAAGAGAUUUUUCUUAUCUUCUUUUGUUCAAUUUUACGCAUAUAUUCACUGUUGAAUUGUGUUUGAGUUUUGUACCUGUGUUUUAUACACACAUAUUAUAAUAAAUAUAUGCUUUUGUUUGUGAACUGCA